GCUCUAUUGCCAUUGCCUAGACUCAAUGACGCCAGCGCGAGGUAGACGAUCUCCUACUCGAGUCUGGUUCCGGGAUCCCCCAAUGGCCCGCCUAUUGCUGACGGCUACACGUGACAGCGAAGCCGGUGCAGGAGCUGGAUUCCAGGGUGGCAUGUUGCCCGCCGUGCCAUGCUGCUGAACUCCCUGCUGAAGUUGGUGCAGAGGCAGACUUACACCUGCCUGUCCCACAGGUAUGGGCUGUAUCUGUGUUUCGGCGGGCUGCUACUUCUCAUCGUCUCCGCCCUGCAGUUUGGAGAGGUUGUGCUGGAGUGGAGCAGGGACCAGUAUCAUGUGUUAUUUGAUACGUACAGAGAUAACAUUGCUGGGAAGUCCUUCCAAAAUCGGCUUUGUCUUCCCAUGCCCAUCGAUGUUGUUUACACCUGGGUAAAUGGCACAGAUCCAGAGCUGGUAACACAGCUUCAAGAAGUCCGGGAACAGAUGGAAGAACGGCAGAGAGCUUUCAGAGAAUUUCUUGGAAGAAACAAGACAGAGCCAACAAAGAAAAGUGACAAAGAACUGGAGUGCCUGCUUACUCAUUGUAUAAAGGUGCCAAUGCUCAUCCUUGACCCUUCACUUCCUGCCAACACCACCUUGAAGGGCCUACAGGCUUCCCAGCCAGUCUUCAGCUCAGCGGUUAAAAUAUUUCAUGUUGCAAAACCCAAGAACCCCUCUACCAAUGUUACUGUAAUAGCAUUUGAGACAAUUCAAGAAGCGGAAAAUGCCCAGGUGAAUGCCUUGUUUGAUAAUCGUAAGGAAACCAUCUGGAAAGGAUAUAUGACCACAGAUAAAGAAGCCCCAGGUUUAGUUCUUAUACCAGACCUGGCUUUUCUAAGUGGAUUUCCUGAAACAUACAAGGAAACAGAUCAGUUAAGAACAAAACUACCUGAAACUUUGUCCUCAAAAAUUAAGAUGCUGCAGCUGUAUUCUGAUACAAGAGUAGCACUACUGCAACUGAACAACCCUAAGGAUUUUCAGGAAUUAAACAUCCAAGCAAAGAAGAAUAUGACUAUAGAAGGAAAGGAGCUAAGUUUAAGUUCCGCUUACUUGCUGUGGGACCUCAGUGCUGUCAGUCAGCUAAAGCAGGAUGAAGAUAUCUCUGCUAGUCGUUUUGAAGACAAUGAAGAACUGCGAUACUCUCUGAGAUCCAUAGAAAAACAUGCUCCUUGGGUCCGUCAUGUGUUCAUUGUAACCAAUGGACAGAUUCCAUCCUGGCUGAAUCUGGACAAUCCCCGUGUUACUAUAAUAACUCACCAAGAAAUAUUUUUGAACACUACUCACUUGCCUACUUUCAGUUCUCCUGCUAUAGAAGGCCAUAUCCACCGUAUUCCUGGACUUUCACAGAAAUUCAUAUAUAUGAACGAUGAUGUUAUGUUUGGAACAAGUGUAUGGCCUGAUGAUUUCUACAGUCAUUCAAAGGGACAGAAAGUUUAUUUGACGUGGCCUGUGCCCAACUGUGCAGAAGGAUGUCCAGGCUCUUGGAUUAAAGAUGGCUACUGUGAUAAAGCCUGUAAUAAUUCAGCCUGUGACUGGGAUGGCGGUGAUUGCCUUGGAAAUACUGCAGCAGGACGGUUUCCACCAGCAGUGCCUGGAGGGCUUUUAAAUGGCCAGCAAUGGCAGCCUGGGAUUGGAAUAAGUGGUGUUUCGUACUGUAACCAAGGAUGUGCAAAUUCAUGGCUUGCUGACAAAUUCUGUGACCAAGCUUGCAACGUACUCAACUGUGGCUUUGAUGCCGGGGAUUGUGGACAAGAUCAUUUUGAAGAGAUGUACAAAAUAAAUAUGUACCUUAAUCAAACGCACUACGUAGUUCCGAAAGGAGAACAUUUACCCUACUUCAGUUUUGACAGCAUGGCCAAAAAAGUACUGGAUGGUGUCUAUAGUGAUAAUCCAAUUUUACGUCAUGCCUCUGCAGCCAAUAAAUGGAAGACAAUACAUUUGAUCAUGUACCCUGAGAUGAAUGCCACUGCGGUACAUUUUAACCUAACAUUCCUUAGUCUGAAUGACAAAGAGGUCAAAAUGCAAAUAGUCAUAGAUGUUGAUACAAGAGAUGAGCAGAAACGAAAUACUACAUCAGCAUCUAGCAAAACAGGAGCUAUACUUACAACACCUACACCAGAAGCAGAGAUUUUAUUUGAGGAUAUUCCUGAAGAAAAACGUUUUCCGAGGUUCAGAAAGUAUGCACCUGUGACAGACAUGCGCUUAGAUAGCAGUAUCCUAAAACUUAACCUAUCACGUCUCCCUAACGAAGUACAGCUUGCUCUUCAAAAUCUUGACCAAAAACUGAAAAAUGGGGACAUAACAAUAAAGGGUUAUAAUCUAUCCAGAUUGUUUUUAUUGGAACCUUAUAAGUCAUUAGCUGAUCCAAGAGACCAAAGUUUGAAUGGUAAUAUGCAUAAUAAAGGGAACUUUCAGCAGUCUCAAAGAGACAAUAAAACCCAAACUGAACAUGAAAUCAAUCCAAUAUCAAGGUUAGACAUAAGAGUCGAUAAAAGUGUUAAUAAUAAAGAAAAUCCUAUAAGUAAAAGCAUUUCUCCUAUAAAGAGGUUAACUGACCUACUGCAUAGAGAGUCACAAACGCCCAAGGCUGCCAUGCAAAAAGACACCACUGGAAGAUUUGAGAACAGAGCUGUGGUUCCAGGAAGGAAGUUGCAGGAGUAUCAACCAAAUUAUGAAGGAUUUUUACCCUGGGAAAAAAAGAAAUAUUUUCAGGAUCUCUUGGAUGAAGAAGCUGCGUUGCUCAGUGAUCUUUCCUAUAUCACAAGCAGCAAACAUGUUGGCAGGAAGCUGCAGGACACAUUUGCCGACUCCCUUCGUUACGUGAAUAAACUCCUUAAUAGUAAAUUUGGCUUUGCUUCUCGGAAAGUGCCGGCCCACAUGCCUCACAUGAUUGACCGCAUUGUUAUGCAAGAUCUUCAGGAUUUGUACCCAGAGGCAUUUGACAACACCUCUGCUCAUAAAGUGCGUCACUCUGAAGAUAUGCAGUUUGCCUUUUCCUAUUUCUACUAUCUGAUGAGUGCAAUACAGUCGCUGAAUUUUUCCCAUGUAUUCGAAGAAGUAGACACUGACAGCUCCGGUGUUUUGUCUGACAGAGAGAUCCGCACAUUGGCUACAAGAAUUCACCAACUGCCAUUAAGUCUACAGGAUCUCACUGGGCUUGAGCAAAUGCUUAUUAACUGUUCAAAAAGCAUCCAGUACAACAGCACCGAUGAAGGAGUUGCCCCUCCAACACAAGAAUCCUACUAUGAUCCGAACUUGCCUCCCGUUACUAAAGUUCUUAUACUAAGCUGUAAACCUGUAACAGAUCUAAUACGCAAAGCAUACAAGGACAAGAAUAAAUACAGGUUUGAAAUUAUGGGAGAGGAAGAUAUCGCUUUCAAAAUGAUUCGUACCAACGUCUCACAUGUUGUUGGACAGUUAGAUGAUAUCAGGAAAAAUCCCAGGAAAUUUAUCUGUCUGAAUGAUAAUAUAAACCACAAUCACAAGGAUGCGCAGACAGUGAAAGCGGUCCUGCGCGACUUCUAUGAAUCCAUGUUUCCCAUUCCUUCCCAGUUUGAGCUGCCAAGGGAAUAUCGUAACAGAUUUCUUCACACGCAGGAACUACAGGACUGGAGAACUUACAGAGACAAGCUGAAAUUUUGGACACAUUGUGUCCUGGGAACCUUAAUAGUGUUUACAGUUGUCUCCUUUUUUGCUGAACAGUUGAUUGCACUUAAAAGAAAAAUGUUUCCAAGAAGAAGAAUGCAGAUUGAAGUCAGUCCAGAAAGAAGUAAGGUGUAAAGAAGCCAGCGAUUGUGAUAUGACUUGAAAGCCUGUUAGCUGGCACACCUUAGAGCCCCCGCACAAGUCUUACAAGAGAAAAAGGUUCCAGGCGAGCAGGCAGAAGGUGUGAAGGAGCAUUGAGUGCGUGCUUGGAAAUCUCUGGCUCCAGUGAAGUGGUUUGUAACCAGCAUUAUCUCAUGGAGAUACAAUCUUGCUGAAGGAUGCUACAAGAGGCACAGCUGCAUGGGAAUGCCACAAAUCUGUGCCAGGGGAAUAUAAUACAGCAGAACUAAGCUGCUAUAGGACAUCAAGCAAGUCAAGCCCAUGAUAUUUAUAUUCCAUAGGGUUCUGGAAUUACAGAUUCCCUGGUGCCAUACAAACGAGAUGCAUUUGUGUCGGGCAUUCUGCUCACUUUCACAAACCUGUUGUCUUAUUUUUUCCCCCUCUUUUUACAGCCUCUGCACAUUUUUUUGUUAUAAGAGACGGUAACUGUGCUUUUGUUCAUGUAAAUACAAUUAAAGUGCCUGUAUACAGAGAAUAAUGUAGGGUUAUGUAGGGGAAAAUGCUUAACGCAGCAGAACUUGACAUUUGGGUAUCAAUGUUUACAUCUGUGCAUUACUGCUUUUAUAGGGGAGAGUUGUUUAGGCCUAAUAGAAUUACUUCUGGUCUGUGACCGGUGGUCAGGUGUAUAUAUUGUUUUGUGCUAGUAAUUUAAUAGGCUACUGCUCCCUGGGGUGCCACAUAUCCCUGCUUCUCCUUAGGGGUAUGCACUAAAACCAGUAAAGGAAAGCACUCCAAUUUAUUCGAUUUCUCAACACUCCCAACAGCAGGCAUGUCCGCACAGGUAUUCUUGCCUUAGCACUGAGUUCAUUUAAAACCCACGUGCUGUAGCUGUAUCAAUAGUCUUUUGCAUUGGUAACAAUGAUCCAAGUUAGUGUUCUGUUAUCUUAUAAAAACUUCUCCUAGAAUUAACCUCCAAUAGGUUUGCAGCAGCUCCAACGGCCAGAUCAGAUUUGCUUCUUUGUGUACCGUUUAUUUUUUCCCUACACAUAAAAUUCCUUUUAUGUAUUAUAGGUUCUGUUAAUCUAUCUCUCUCUGAAUGUGACUAAAUGUCCCUUAUAAGAACAGCUUCUAGUCUCCCCGAUGUAUGAACAUAUCAUCAAACAGAUACGAACAGAAAUAUUGCUGCAUAAUGACAGACCUAGAACAUAUCCUACGGCAUGCAUUGUCUCUGGUGUUAAUGGGCA